CAAUAUGAGAAAAUUUCAUUUGAAUAUUCUAAACAAACUAUGGCGGAAUUUGGCGAAGCUUAUAGGAAUUUAUCACGCACAUUUAGAUCAAAUGUUUUUCCCGGGGUAGAACAUACAUGGAAAAGUCAUGUUAAAUCAACGUACGUUGCCCAUACAGAGUACAGGCCUGUAACCACCUUAAAUACCAAGCAAAAAGAUUGGGUUAGUAAAUGGUCAGAAGGAAAUACUUGUCGUUUAGUGCUUCAAAAAACAUAUAGUGAAGUAUGUAAGGAAAAACAGAAAAAGAAAGGGAAAUCAUCCAGAAUUGUUACAGGGAAAUCAUCAAGAUUGCCCAAAAUAUCACCAGUUCAAAAAGAAUCAAGAACACCGCUGCCAUCGAAACAAUCUGGCGAAAAAACAAGAAAAAAAUCUGGUCGAUCAAAGAAGGGAUCUGCGAACACGAAGAAAAAGAAAAGUAGUGGUGAUAAGCUUCCAACUUUAGGAAAAGGUAAAGUCUUUCCUCACGUGGAUGUUUACAAAGUUGAAAACUCAGCAGUUAGUAUCGUAACUAACCACGAUCAAGCGUUACCAAAGAUUAAUAACGACCCGACUGAAGCAAACGAAUACGUUACAUUGAAUAGCGGCAUUUUUAACCUUUCGGAAGAGAAAGUUAAAAAUCCGGAAGGAAAAAGCGAUGAAAGAAUUGUUACUGGUAACAAUAACAAUCAGGAAUAUCAAGAAGAAAAACAAAUCGACACUGAAGCAUCUCAACACGGUAGCGAAAAUAAUGAUGCACAAGCCUCUUUCGAGCCUGUUUACAAUACCGGCUGCAACGCUGAAAGUGGGGGUAUUACUGAAAUAACAAAGUUUAGUGCUGACUUGAGUGGUGAUUAUCAGGCUGAUAAAGUAAAGGGACUUACCGCAACUGCUGUUACCAUUAACAGUCCCGACGUUCUGAGCGGCCUUAGUGAUAAUAUUGAUGACAAAAAUACUGAAACGAGUGAUGGUAACGAUCAAAUUAAGCAGGAAGGCAACAAUACAAUAUCAAAAGUAGUCAACGAAACUAUCAACCAUAAUACAAAUAGCGAUUUAAAGGAUUGUGGAGAAGACUCCAAAGACAAACUAAAGCAUAGUACCGAGAACACGGCACCCGAAAUUGGCAGCGUGGGCUCUGUGACUGAUCAAACAAAUAAUAACGAAGUAAGUUCCAAAGAAGUAAGAAAAGACUCUGACGUCGAAAUUAGCAAAGAAGAUAAAGAUACAAACAAUCCGAAUGCAAGUGAGGCAGAAAAUCAGCCGAUAAGCGAGUCAAAUUACGAAGAAGUUGACAAGUUAUAAAUACAGAUGAUGAUACCAUGAACACAAAUAAGAUUAAUAUCGUAAAAAAAGUUUAAGUAAAAGAAUAAAAUGGAUAAAGAUACAACGAAACCACUUGACUAAUUUCUCAUAUAGGUUUAAAUAAUGACUUUAGCAGAUGAAAUUUUAAAUUGUGGUAAAUAUUAAUAAAGCCAAAGAUUGCGACUUUUGCUGAAAAAAAUUCGGUUAGACAGAGAAUAUGUAAACACACAAAAUCGAAUACAGUUAUUUAACAUUAUGCUGUCGCAAAACGUUGUUGAUUUUGACUUUCAGCUACCGCCACCCUGCAAUACGUUGACAGUUCGUGCGUUGUCAGUUCAUAAAAACUAAUAUGCGAGAUGCAGUAAUUACGCCUUACGAAGGUUUUAUGGUCAAAUAGGCGAAAGUUGGACUUUUACAUCGUGUUCAAAUGUUUUUAUAACAUGAUACGGCGAUGUUUAGGUUACUCAAUGUUAAUGUUGUCAGAAAUUACGACAAGGCUAAUAAUAAACGGACCUUUUUGAGUAAAGGUAUUUAUAAUGAUAAAAAAUAAUUUUGCAAAAUUUCUGACUUGGAAAUAUAGCAACAACAAUACUCACGACCUCGCAAAACUGACAGCAAAGUUCUUGAGAGAAUUCCAGAACCCUGGAAACGAGGUUGACCGAAAUUAAAAAUAGUUCAUACAAACACUAAAAAAGUUUGUUUUGUUAAAAUUACUUUUUUUAGUAUGAUACUUAUAUACAAUGUACUAAUACAAUAAUAACCGAUUACCUCGGCUGUACCGUAAAAUAUCGCCCGAGGUCUAAGUGCCAAACGGGCUAGUGAGGUCGGUGCAAUGACUGGGGCGAUAUUUUUGGCGAAUAUUGAAGUAAAUCUUUUAACUAGCUAGCUAGCUGGCCAAAAAUAACAUGGGCUUCAACGAGUUUUUUAUUGACUGAGUAAUCAAAAAGCAGAAGGAACGAGUCUGAAAAUAAGAGGAGACAUAUUUGUUAUAAUUUCGUCGUGUUGUAUUUAGUAUUUUUGAUAAAACUGGAUAUCAGAUCAUCGUUUUUUACGGAAAAUGUAGCUAGUUAACUAGCCAUGUCGAAGAAGCAUCCAGACAAAAUGUGGCUGAAUCUGGUUUAUUUCAUCUGUUAAACCAUUUGACAUUGUUGUUGUUUCUAUCAUAUUAUCGAUAAAUGUAAUGUAGGAGUUAGAUAUAUAAUCAUUUCCAAUGCUUCUUGAAA